AUGGCUAAGAUCAAAAUUUCUUCCUUUUCGUUAGAAGAAAAAAAGAUUUUAAUCGACGAAUAUGAUAAGUUGCAGAUGUCUAAAGCAGCUUUCGCGCGAAGUAAAGGUAUUCCGCAAACUACUUUCCUAACAAUUCUUUCCGCAAGAGAAAAAAUUAAAAGUUCUCUAUCAGAACAAGACGGAAACAAAAGAAAGAAACUUCGGAAGUCUAAUUUUCAAGAUAUUGAAGACGCGCUGCUAAAAUGGUUUCGCUUUGCAAGAACAAAUAACGUUCCGAUAUCAGGACUGAUUUUAAAAGAAAAGGCGUUGGAAAUAGCAAAAGAAUUUGAAGAAGAAAAUUUUUCUGCUAGUAAUGGAUGGAUCGAACGAUUCAAAGACCGCUACAAUUUAUCAUUUAAAAAAGUUUGUGGGGAAGCUGCCGCAGUAAAUUCAACAGAAGUCGAUUCCUGGAAAAACUCAUCACUAAAAAAUAUGUUACAGCGAUACGCCCCGUGUGACAUUUUUAAUUUAGAUGAGACCGGGCUCUUUUUUCGAAUGCUUCCAGAAAAAACUCUAUGUUUUCAAUCUGACCCUUGCUCUGGAGGGAAAAAAAGUAAAGAGAGGGUAACUGUUUUGCUGGGAGCGAACAUGACUGGUACCGAAAAAUUAAGACCUUUGAUAAUUGGCAAAAGCAGCAAACCUCGCUGUUUCAAAAACGUAAAAGUUCUGCCAGUCACGUAUAAAGCAAAUUCAAAAUCCUGGAUGACAUCAGGAAUUUGGGAAGAAACGAUUAAAUCUUUCGAUGCAAAAUUUCAUUCCGUUAAUAGGAAAGUCGUCUUUGUUAUAGACAACUGCGCCGCUCACACUGACGUGAAAGGAUUGAAAGCUAUAGAGCUGAUGUUUUUACCACCAAACGCUACCUCAGUUUUACAGCCUCUUGAUCAAGGAGUAAUUUUAAGUUUCAAGACAAAUUAUAGAAAACGCCUAGUCCGGAAUUCGAUUGCUGAAAUAGAUCAAGGUCGUAACUUUCGUCCAACUUUGUUUGAUGCCCUGAAGUUAAUUCAUAAAAGCUGGAACGACGUAACUGAAAGAACAAUUGUGAACUGUUAUAAAAAAGCAGGUUUCUUUUAUAAUGACGCUGAACCUAUUGAAGAUUUAUCAUAUGAGUUAGAUGAAGAUGACAUUCCACUUGCUGUUCUUUUCGGAGAAAUUCAAAAUAGAGAAAGUUGCACCUUAGAAGAUUUGCAAGCGUAUCUUAAAGUUGAUGAAACUGUGUCUACUUCAGCUGAAGCAACAAUUUCCGAUAUUGUGGCUGAAGUACGGGUGUUUUAUCUUCGGAAAGUGAAAGGAUUUAAAGCUUCCGGUGUUUGGCCUUUAAAUGUAGAUAUUUUCCAAGACAGUGACUUUGCUCCUUUUUUUGUCACUGAUCGUCCAGAUCCCAAUGAACAAUCAGAAAAUUCUCUAAAUAUGAUUGAAAAAUUAUCGUUGAAUCUCGAAACUGCAAACGAAACAACUCCGAGUUGCUCUGGUCUAAGCAAAUUUUCCUCAUCGAAAAUUAGACCUUUACCAAAGGCACCACCACGGAAAACAAAUAUAAAUACCAGGCGUAAAAGGAAAUCCACUGUUUUGAUAGACACACCUGAAAAAGAAGCUUUGAGAAUGGAAUAUGAAGAAAAGAUGAACAGAAAGCAGAAAAAAGAUGAUAAAGAUAAAUAA